AUGGCCGCGAAGUCGGACGGGCGGCGGAAGAUGAAGAAGGGCGGCGAGGUGGCGUUCACGCCGCUGCAGAACUCCGAGCACUCGGGCUCCGUGCAGGCGCUGGCCCCGGGGCUGCCCGCCGGCGCCGGGCCGGGCGGCGGCAGCGACGACGACGAGGCGCCCGGGGGCGGGUGCUGCAGCAGCGGCGGCGGCGGCAGCGGGGACGGCUCGGGCGGUGGCUCCCGUUGCUGUUGCUGCUGCUGCUGCGGCGGCAGAGGAGGAGACGGCGCCGGGGGCGCCGGCGGGGGCUCCCGGGGCUCGGGUGGGGGCUCGUCCUCCUUGUGCCUGCGGCUGGGCAGGGAACAGCGGCGCUACUCGCUGUGGGACUGUCUCUGGAUCCUGGCCGCACUGGCCGUGUACUUCGCGGACGUGGGCACCGACAUCUGGCUGGCGGUCGACUACUACCUGCGGGGCCAGCGCUGGUGGUUCGGGCUCACGCUCUUCUUCGUGCUGCUGGGCUCCCUCUCCGUGCAAGUCUUCAGCUUCCGCUGGUUCGCGCACGACUUCAGCACCGAGGACAGCGCCGCCGCCGCCGGGCACUGCCCCGCCGCCGAGAGCAAGCUGCUGGUGAGCAGCGGCUCGGCGACCGCGGACAUCGACGCCGCUCGCCCCUGCACGCCGCAGCGGCAGGCGUCCACCGCCAGCAAGAGCAACGCCACCAACAGCAGCAGCAACGGCGGCAGCAACGCCGCUGGCACCGCCGGUCCCCGCGCCGGCGGCGGCAGGUCGGCGUCCUGCGCCUUCUGCAUCUGGCUCCUGCAGUCGCUCGUCCACAUCCUGCAGCUCGGGCAGGUCUGGAGGUAUUUCCACACAAUAUACUUGGGUAUCCGGAGUCGCCAGAGUGGAGAGAAUGACAGAUGGCGGUUUUAUUGGAAAAUGGUGUAUGAGUAUGCAGAUGUGAGUAUGCUGCAUUUGCUAGCCACGUUUCUGGAAAGUGCACCACAGCUGGUCCUGCAACUCUGUAUUGUUGUACAGACUCGUACACUCCAGGCUCUCCAAGGUCUUACUGCUGCAGCGUCUCUCGUAUCGCUGGCUUGGGCUUUGGCUUCCUACCAAAAGGCCCUCCGUGACUCCCGUGAUGACAAGAAACCCAUCAGUUACAUGGCUGUUAUAAUCCAGUUUUGCUGGCAUUUCUUCACGAUUGCAGCAAGGGUUAUUACUUUUGCCCUGUUUGCCUCGGUUUUCCAGCUGUACUUCGGGAUCUUCAUCGUGCUGCACUGGUGCAUCAUGACCUUCUGGAUUGUCCACUGCGAGACAGAGUUUUGCAUCACUAAGUGGGAGGAGAUAGUUUUUGACAUGGUCGUUGGGAUAAUCUAUAUCUUCAGCUGGUUCAAUGUCAAGGAAGGAAGGACACGCUGCAGGCUCUUCAUUUACUAUUUUGUGAUCCUUUUAGAAAACAGCGCCUUGAGUGCUCUCUGGUAUCUGUACAAGGCCCCACCAAUCUCUGAUGCAUUUGCCAUACCAGCACUAUGUGUAGUGUUCAGCAGCUUUUUAACAGGCAUUGUUUUUAUGUUAAUGUACUAUGCCUUCUUUCACCCCAACGGACCAAAGUUUGGGCAGUCACCAAGCUGUGCUUGUGAGGACCCUGCCACUACCUUCACCCUACCCUCAGAAGUGGCAACAAACACUCUACGGUCCAUCUCCAACAACCGGAGUGUCACAAGCGAGCGGGAUCAAAAGUUUGCGGAGAGGGAUGGGUGUGUGCCUGUGUUUCAGGUGAGACCCACUGCACCAUCCACACCUUCAUCCCGGCCACCAAGGAUUGAGGAGUCGGUCAUUAAAAUCGAUCUGUUCAGGAACAGGUACCCAGCGUGGGAGAGACACGUGUUGGACAGGAGCCUGAGGAAGGCUAUCUUAGCAUUUGAAUGUUCCCCUGCUCCUCCACGGCUACAGUAUAAAGAUGAUGCCCUUAUCCAGGAGCGCCUGGAAUAUGAAACCACGUUAUAA